AUGAGCACGCGAGGGGAGAUGUGUCCUCGGCGCCGCCGCACCUCUCCGCCGCCUGCCUCUCUGCCAGACGACGACGAUCUGCUCCGUGAGAUUCUCCUCCGCCUUCCCUCGCGGCCUUCCUCCCUCCCCCGGGCAUCCCUCGUCUGCAAGCAUUGGCGCUGCCUCGUCGCCGAUCCCCAAUUCCAACGCUGCUUCCGCGACCACCACGGCAAGCCUCCUCUGCUUGGCUUCUUCGUCAACGAUGUAUAUCACCCGUCUCCGUUUGUCCCAAUGCUAGAUCGACCAGAUCGCAUCCCCGGCGCUCGCUUCUCCAUGCCUCUCCACAAGGGCAACCGCAUCAUCGACUGCCGCCAUGGACUUGUACUUCUCCUUAGCUCAAGGCAAAAAACAGGGCCGCCGAUCCGCCUAUUUGUGUGGGACCCCGUCGCCCGCGAGCAACGCCGCGUGAUCCUCCCACCAGAGCUAGACCGCUACCAUAUGUUCAUCUUCAACGGGGCGGUGCUUCGCUCUGCCCGCGGUCACGGCCAUUUCCAGGUGGCCCUGGUAGCCCAUUACGUACUUGCUGGUAAUCCUACAAGAGUUUUCGCAUGCCUUUACUCGUCGGAGAACGGCAUAUGGAGCAAUAUCAACUCACUGCAGCUGCAAAAGUUUGAGGCCACACCAGAAGAAUCCAGUACUUUGAGUGGGAAUUCCAUUUGCUGGUUAAAUCAUGUGGUGGGUCAUGACAAUAGUCGUCGGUAUGUCAUACUUGAGCUGGAUCUGGAUAGGCAAAGCCUAGCUGUGACAGAGCUGCCACCACAAAUAGAAGCCGACUAUGCCUACAAGUUAAGGAUUAUGCCCGCGGAGGAUGGUGGGCUUGGCUUCAUCGUUCUCUCAGGGUUGCAGUUGCACGCCCAAUUAUGGAAGAGAAAGCCUGAUUCUGAUGGUUUGGCUGUAUGGGUGCUCGACAGAACUAUUGAAUUCAAGGGGCUCCCUUCAAAUCGGGAGGGAUACUACCUCUGUUUAGUGGGGUUUGCCGAGGAGAGUAAUGCAAUCCUUUUAAAGUUAGGUCUUUGUUUCUUCAUGGUCUAUCUCCAGUCAAUGGAGUUGAAGAAACUUUCCAAAAUGAACUUCUUAGGUCGCCAUUAUCCAUUUGAAUAUUGCUAUGCCGCAGGACAGAGGGAGUAG